GCGCUCCUUCACUCCACUCCUCCGACGCGCCGACACGCGGAAUUAAACUCACGAUACGAGCGCACCGAGACAAACAGAGAGAAAGAAAGACGAGAAGCAAGAAAUAAGUGGAAGGAAUACGACUCGUAGAUCAUCGUAUGUUUCUAUUUUCCCCACGCCAAGAAGAAAACCCUGGACGUUUGGACACGAUGAGGAUUUUCCUUGCGCUCCUACUCGUCCACGCCUCGGUGGUGUCCCGACAGGCCAGCGGUGCCGCAGUCGACAGAUAUGAAAGCGACAGGCAGCGGCACACAGCUGUGAUCAACUUGGACACCACCAAAAACAGGAGGGUGGAGGAGGAGGGCAGGAGUAUGGCUGCCACAACAGCGGAGUAUGGUGUGGAGGGCGUGGAGGAGGAUUACGGGGAUUAUGAAGACGGGUAUGAAGAUGACCUGUCUGGAGACUACGCAGACUUUCCACGAAUUGCCAUGGUAAGCAAACCCAAAGACCCGUCUACCAUCCUGGUGACGGAGAGACCCGAAGUUCAGAGAACGAGAAGAAUGGGAAGAAAGAAGGGAAAGGGAAAGGGACGGAAGAGGGAUCCUUGCCUGAAGAAGUAUAAAGAUUACUGCAUUCACGGAACCUGCCAAUACAAGAAGUACAUCCGUGCCGCGGCCUGUGUGUGCCACACGAGCUACUCUGGAGAAAGAUGUCAGUUUUUCACAUUGCCCGUGGAGAAGCGCCAGGAGGGCUACAACCGGACCACAGCGCUGGCCGUGGUCGCUGUGGUGCUUUCGUCCAUCUGCCUCACCAUCAUAGUCCUCUUGUUGUUGCUCAGGUUUCACAAGCGGGGAGCGUACGAUGUGGAGAGCGAAGAGAAGGUGAAAUUAGGGCUGGCGUCCAACCACUGAGGAGACAAAAAGAGGCAAAGAUGUGGGAUUUCUACCUCAAAAUAGAAAAAGAGAAGUGAACUAUUAAGGGAAGGUCGUGGAGGCAAAAGGAUCGUACGCGAAUGAGGGAACGAAUGCCUUCGGACCUUUGCUGGACGGAGCCGUUGAACAUAUUCCUGAAGGCCUCAGAAGAAGUCGGGCCACCUGAAACUGGAAUACUACCGGCCCAGGGGACGGACUUGAGAUGUGACGAGUCGUAGGUUUUGAGCUUGAAGAAACAAGAAGGAUAAGAAAGGAAACGGCAUGCCCGCGUGCUGCUUCCUGACUGAGGGAAAAGAGGUCGUUUUGGACUGAACUGAACUAGAUUUUUAACUGAAGCAUUUUGUAUCUUCCGGCACAAGUCCAUCUUUUUCCUUUUUUUUUUGUACAGUAAACAAGAUAUUUAUAAUUUUAAUUUAUUUAUUUAAGCUAACUGUAUUUAUAGAGAUUUUAACCACCUACGACCGUUUUUAAACUAUUGAUGUUACAGUUGUUUUUAUAUUUCUUAUUGGGCGAUAUUUAUUCAUGGAACAGAAAAGCAAACAAUGCUGAAGUUCAUUGAGAGAUUCAGUAUUUCAUAAAAAGUCUGAUGUAAUCUCUACUUCAAAAGGGAUUUGAUGCAUAGCUGUAUGUUUUUUGGCUUUAAAUUUGGCACUCAAUGGAGGAUCAAUAGCACUGUGAUUAAUAGAUUCACUGUUGAACAGACGUGAUUGUUAUUUAAAUUAUUCCGGCUCGUCUCAUUGAGGGCAACGCCUUGCUCACACCCGCACGGUUACAAACACUCAAACCGGAAAGCUGCCCAGUGCAACCAGUUGGGUCAGUUAGCCACUGGGCCGGUUAGGGCCUUGCGCUCAAAGGCACUGUGACGUUUGUAAUGGGCUACAAGCUGCUUUUACACCCAAAAGUGUCCUAUAAGUUUGCGGUCUUCCUGCCUCAGUAUUUUAAGAUCAGGUCAAUGGCCGUCGUUACGAUACAUGGCACCUGCUGUGUAUUGAUUCAACGCAUAAUAAAAACUGCCAUAAGCGAUUCUAUUCUUAAGAAAUGUUCAAAAGCGAAUAUCAAAUGCACUGUAGCCAGAAUUUGGUAUGAAUAUGCCGUCAUGUUGUCUUAGUGGAGUAAAUCCUAUGUUAAGCUGUCAUGCAAAAAAUAAAAGAAAAUGUGAAUUACAGUGUUCCACCCUUUUCAAAUCUUGUCCUGAAGUUUUGAAGUGAUUUUGUUUUUCACAGCGAAAUAAAAAGGUCAAAACCGA